UGUAGGCAAAAUGACAUUCAUGUUAGACGACGAUAAACAGAGGCAACGGCACGAGUCGGCGGAUCUGAUCGUCGGCUGUGACGGCGCCUUCUCGUCGGUGAGACGAGCGAUGGUUAAACUGAUUCGCUUUAAUUACAGCCAACAAUAUAUAGAGCACGGAUACAUUGAACUCAAUAUACCUCCCAAUGAAAGUGGCGAUUACGCCAUGGAAGUCAAUUAUCUGCACAUAUGGCCCAGGAGUUCGUUCAUGAUGAUCGCGCUGCCCAACCUCGACCAUAGUUUCACAGUUACCCUAUUCAUGCCAUUCACGUACUACGAGUCCAUUCAGGACAGGGAGGAUCUGAUCAACUUCUUCCGCCAGAACUUCUCGGACUCCAUACCAUUGAUCGGAGAGAAAUCAAUUGAUCGGGAGCAAUUAGUAAAAGUAUUCUUCGCGGCCCAACCCCUGCCCCUGAUAUCAAUCAAAUGCAAUCCAUACAACUAUUUGGACAAAGUGUUGCUAAUGGGCGACGCGGCCCACGCGAUGGUCCCCUUCUUCGGUCAGGGCAUGAACUGUGGUUUCGAGGACUGUCUCAUUCUGGACGAGCUGUUGGCCAAACACGACAACUCUAUCCGCAAAGUGGUGCCACUCUUCAGCGACAGUCGUAUAGAGAAUUGCCACACAAUCAUCGACCUGGCGAUGGAUAACUACAUAGAGAUGCGCGAUCUGGUCAACUCCCGGAGCUUUUUGGUCCGUAAAAAACUGGACCAAUGGCUCAAUACGCUGUUCCCCCGUUCGUGGAUACCCCUGUACUCAAUGGUCACAUUCACUCGUAUACCAUAUGAGAGGUGUGUGAAAGACAGGCAAUGGCAGGAUAGGGUCAUCUCCCGGGCCGGCAAAGUGUGUUUGGUGUCAUUUAUCGGCGCCUUCUUCUACGUUACGUACAAAACGGGAAAAUUAAGUGUUUUUAACGACCGAUUCUCGUUUGAGUUUUGAUUUAUGGUCUCUCUCUCUCUCUCUCUCUCUC